GGAGCGCAUCGUGCCCGCGCUUCUCCUGCCGGAGAUGGACUGAGCCGCACCGCCCGCCCGCGCCGAGUCAGUCCUGCCCUCGCCGGGUCCCGCGGCGCCGGUCUCAGGGCGCAGGACACCGUCUCACGCGUUCCCCGGGGACGGCCGCGGACCGGCUGCCGCGCCGGGGAGAUGUCCGGCGGCCGGAGGAGGGGCGGCGCCCCCUGGCACAGCUUCUCCCGGUUCUUCGCUCCCCGAAGCCCUUCCCGGGACAAGGAAGAGGAAGAGGAGGAGAGGCCAGGGACAAGCCAGCCGCCCGCGCCGGGCCGGGGCGCAGCCAGUGUUGAAAAUGAGCCCAUGAGCACAAGUCAGAAAAAGGAAAAGGUACUUUCGUCAGAAGCAGUAAAGAUUCCCCAAAGUGAGGACAAAAGGAACCAUGCUGAGAAGCUAAUCACUCUUCCAACACAGGAAGAUUCCAAAAAGCCAAAUGACCUUUCCGGUUCCACUUCAGAUGCCAAAAUGGGAGAAAGCGAUAAACAGCCGAAAGAAAGCUUUUUUCAGUUUCUUGGUAACUUAUUCAGCAUCUCAGGAAAAUCAUCUCUUGGUGAAGCCAAGCAGUCUUCUUUCAAAGAUGAACAUGACAAAACUGAGAAAGACUUACGAAAUCCCAGUGACCAUCCUGAUGAAGGGGUCCAAUGGGAGAGGGCUGUUGUCAGUGGCUCCCUGGGAACCCUGGCACUUCCAGCAGAAGCACAAGAAUCCAACUCAGCUGAACUCUCAGAUGCCUUUUCUUUGGAUACAACACAAGACAGUGAACAGGAAACCAGUGAUUUGCUAAGAAAACAAAUGGAUGGUAAACCAGAGAGGCCUGUAGUAACAUAUGCCACGUACCGAGGCCCCAGACAAAUUAGGAAGUAUUUGAAGCAGCGGACGGAGCUGGAAACCUUGAAUCCCUUAGACAGAGAAAAUGAAAGUUCCGACUCUAGUACGAGCACACAUAUUGGCCUUGGAAGUGAGACAGAGGCUGGGAUGGUGUCAUCGUCAUCAGCUAGCACAGACGUUUCUGUGAAAGGACAAGUGCUUAAAGGCCGGAUAGAAGACUCUGAUUAUAAUAAAAUAAAUAUCAACCCAGAAAGCCAUUCAACAAACAACCGAGAACUGUCUAGCACCGCUUCUUCUAGGGAUGUUUUAAAUAAAAAUGAUCCUGGGGGACCUGAGAGAAGUCGGUCAUCCCGUUCUGAGACUAACUCUAGCUCCACUGAUGAAGAAUUUGACUCACAGCACCAUUUAAGCUGCAUACCAGUCUCUCAGACUGACAGAAAUUUGGUAUGUUCAGCAUUGUCUACAGAAAGUAACAGUAGCAAAAUUCCUUGCAGUCCAGACUUGCAGAGGACAGCAACACCAGAAACUACGGUAAUAGAAAACAGCUCGAUGAUGAGUGAUGGGACACUGGUGCAAAGAGAGGAGUGUGUUGAGCCUGAGAACCCUGCUGUUUCGAGUGACACUACCAAACAUGGAAAUACAGAUUUGCCAAGUCCAAAUAAAUCAAUUAGGCGUCAAGCUCUGCAGUGGCCAGAGAGUAAGUGUUCUGACAAGCACACCGAAGGUAACUCGUCAGAGCACGCUGCCAAUCACACUAGCAACAUUGCUCUCCAGAGACAUGCUGUAACAGACACAGAACUUAUAAGUGAAGAAAACAGAUUGUCUGCCCUGGACACACAGGAAAAUUUGGCUCCUACAGAAAUCAAGCAAGAAACAGAAAGCACCUCAGUCGGUGAACCCACAACUUCAAGUCAUGUAAAAGCUCCAGAAGGUAGAAUCGAGUCAUUACCCAAAGGUACUGACAAGUUGUUGGUAACAGAAGCCAAGAAGCUUGUUAGGCCACAUAGCAAAAUGCCUCCCAUUGUUAGAAUGAAUGAAAAGGAUGCUGCCUCUGUAAAACACACCAGUGAAUUAGCCGUUGUAGCAUGCUUAGAAAAUAAAAUAUCACCUGAACUGAAUAGAAAUCACAUUUCAGGAUCUAUUCUUGACUCUGAGAGUCGUCAGCAAGCCAAAGCAUCACCUGAUCCCAGGACAUCUCUUAACCUUGACCAUAAAAAAUCAGAUUUCAGUACUUCAUCUCCUACCUUUGUUUCCCGAGCUGGCAUGCUGAGCAGGUUGGAUAUUCCUGUCUUAAAGAAUGAAGGUUCCUCUGUGCUCAUUGAAACUGGGGAUGUCAGCAUCAUUGGUAUUUCCCAUCAGCCUCGUAAGUGUCAAGAAGAAAAUGUGGCAAAUCAUGCUGAGGCCACAGACAGGAAGAGUCUCCCUGCUUGCCUUCAUCCUGAGCGUGCAUCUGUAAUUCCUGAGUCUAAGGAAGUUCUUCCUGAUAGUGAAAAAUGCCAGUUUCCACUAGGUCUUGAAGCCAAUGACACCCACUUAACUGCAGUGGACUUGAGCUUUGAGUCCGAAAGCCUCUCUAAGGACCACAGUCCCACUUCAUCUCAAGACCGUGAUAAAGCAGAGUUCAUGCUGUCAAAUGCCAAAGCAAGUCAGGGCACUAUAGGCAAGUCUGAUUCUCUUUUCUCCUUGGAAACCAAAACUGAUAACCUUGCAGAAAUGUUGUCAACGUCUGAAGUUGACGGUCAGAACAGUGUUCCUAUUGGGUCAUAUUCUGGAAGAGGAGAAACUCUAGGUCUCUCCAAGAUACCUGUUCCCCAAACAGAGCCCAGAGACAUUUCUCAGGAUACAAUCUCUUCUCCACUUGAAAUUACAGAUGUGCCAGCAAGUCCUCUUUUAUCAGAAUUGACUUCCCUAGAAGUUGAACAGGACAGAAGUUUUCAGUUAGUGGGUCAUAAAGAAAUUAAAGAGAAAUAUUCAGAUGCCAGCCUUAAAGAGAAUUGCCAAACUGAGGUUUCUCCUCCUGCCUCCAAAUAUCAAGGUACACAGGAAGCAGAGUUGGAAGCCUCAGGUAAUUCUGCUCUUCUCCAAAGUAAAAUACUUGGGACUUUACCUGCUGUUCAUGAUGGAAAAGUCACUAGGCAAAUGGCACAGAACUGUGAAGCCAACACUUCUGUGAUUCAUCAACCUUCAGUUAUCUGUGGGACCAAAAAGAUUUCUGGUUUUUCAGAAAUGGCAGAACUCAGUUUAACUAGUACUUCCCCCAAAUUCCAAGAAACUGACAGCACAGCAGUAAAUGCACCUUUUCUGGGCUCUGGUGUGAGUUUGGAAAAAAAUGCGUUUGCAUCUGAGGAUUCAAAUUUUCGUACUCAUCCUUCUGUGCUGAGAUCAGAAAAGAGAGCCUCAUCUCACAGAAAGAAAGAGGGUGCUCAUCUCCUAAGUGGUGGUAUUGAUGGCAUGGCUUCUUCCUCCAGUAACUCUGAAGAAGUUAGCAUGGUUACAAGUUCACAGAAUCCCCCAAAUGAUUUUAGCUCUGUAAAAGUUACCAUAGAUGUCCCACAUGAAGGUACCUCCUUGACUAACCUGCUGUACCCUGAUAGCUCUUAUUUGGAAUUUGAAACAUCUCUCCCAACAGGGGCAGAAGUCACCCCACUUCAGGACCAUUUUGGGGAUCAUACUGGGAUGGUAUCAGUUGAUUUCCCAACUGCUGCCCAAUUUGACAGUCCUAUGGAAGCAGAGACUGGAGCAGUUGCUGGGGCCCCAGCGUCAGUUAACAGCUCAAGCCAGCAGUGUUCCGAAGCAUCUGCUGAGCACAUAGAAGCAAGGAGGAGAGCACGUGAGCAACUUCUGGACCUCGAAAGUGGUUUAUGUAAAAAGGCUGAUACAUUGAUUGGUGAGAUCUUUAAUUCUGUCAGGGAAGAGCUAAAGUCCAGACGCACGGUUGGUACCUGCCAGGAGUAUAUAGCCGUAGGCGGCAUAAUGAAUCCAGGUACCCUAAAAGAAGACAUCCUUGAGAAAAACCCAUCAGAAGUGACACUGACAGGGAUCCAGCUGACAGAGCAUUUGGAAGAGCAGGCCGUGGAAAAUAUGUCUGAAGUCCAAGGGGAAGAAAAGGCUUGUGCUUCACCUACGGUUGGUGAGAAGAGUCUCCUUUUUGAUUCUGAUAGAAUGAAUGUAUCUUGGUUGUUAGAAGAUCAAGCUAGGGAAUUAGUCAAUGAGAUUAUUUAUUCAGCCCAAGAAACCUCAGCAAAUGAUGCUCAGGAUACCCGGGAUUCUGAACUUCAGGCUAAUACUUCAAAACUUCUGAAGCCGCUUGAUAUGGUAAGGGAGUUCUUAGUGUCAGAACAGGCAGUAAAUCAAAGCACAUGUGAAAUUAGUGAAAAAGUAUUAGGUAGAUUCUUUGCUGUAAGUAACUUAGUUAGUGACACAGAGUCAAUUAAAGGAAGAGAAAUUGUUCUCUACCCAAAAUCCCCUUUUUCAGGAACUAGAGGUGGACAGUCUGAUAGUAUAAAUUUGCAGGAGCCAGAUACUGUUUUACUAGCUGAAGACACGCCCCAUACAAGGUUAGAUGAUAAGUCAAAAACACAUUCGUUUCUCAACAAGGACUGUAAAGAAAAAAUGGAAAUACAGUGUGUUGAUAAUCACAAAACUGAGACAGAGGAAAGAAGAACUCUUGUAUUAAAUUUCACAUGGCCUCCAUUUGUGAAUGAUGACAUCCAUGUACCUGGGACAUCGAAAAGCGGUUUGUCUGAUACUCUUUUAUGUAUAUCUGAAAAAAGCUUGCCAGGCCAUAGUAAUAAAAGCAUACCCCUUGCAGUGUCAGAAGUAGGGAAAGUACACAAGAAGGAUACUGAAGUAAAUAUAGGAAGAAUUGAGCUUAUACCUUCCAUGGUAGAAAUGGGAAAACCAAAUAAGAAGGAUGCUGAAUUGAAUAUUAUGAAAUAUGAGGCAGUCCCCCCUAUGUCAGAAGUGGGAAGAGCACAUAAAGAGGAUGCUGAAUUGCAUACCUCAAAAACUGAGCCAGCAACUGAAAUUCUUAAAAUGAGAGAAGCAUACCAAAUGGAUGCUGAGAGCUAUAUUGAAAAAACUGAGGGAUUACCUGCCAUUUUAGGAAUGGAAAAAGCUUAUGAAAUGAAGGAUACUGAAGGGGAUAUUGGCAAAACUGACAUAACACCUGAUAUGUCAGAACUGAAAAAUGUCUACCAAAAAGAUGCAGAGGGAAUCACUGGAAAGACUGAAGUGAUACCUGCCGCGUUAGAAAUGGAAAAUGUUUACCAAAAGGAUGCUGAAGGGGAUGUUGGUAAGACCGGGAUGACUUUGGUUAUGUCAGAAAUGGACAAUUUCUACCACAAAGAUGUUGAGGGCACUGCCGAAAAGGUUGAAAUGAUACCUGCUACGCUAGAAAUGGAAGAUAUUUACCAAAAAGAUGCUGAAGGAAAGAUGGACAAAACUGAGGUGAUGCCCAUUACAUUAGAAGUGGUAAAUAUCUACCAAAAAGAUGGUGAGGAGAUCACUGGAAAGACUGAAAGACCUAUGAUGGACGUGGAAAACACUUACCAAAAGGAUGCCAAAGGGGUUAUUAGGAAAACUGAAAUAGUACCUCCUUUUGUGUUAGAAGUGAAAGAAGCACACAAGAAGGCACUACCUGCUUCCUUAGAAAUGGAAAAAGCAUGUAAGAGAGAUGCAAAAGAGACAACUGGAACGAUUGUGUCCAUGCCCUUUAAGAUAGACAUGGAAAGGACAUCCCCAGAAAAUUCUGAUGGGACUGUCAGGAAGCAUAAAGUGUUGUCCACAGUGGUAAACCUUGAGAAAACAUACGGAACAGAUCUGGAAUUGCCUGUUACACAAGAAGAGGCCACGCCUCCCAUAUCUGAAGCUGAAAAAGCACCCCAAGAGGUUGCUGAAGGGAGUGGUGGAGAAAUGGAGAAGGAGCCUACUGAAAUGAAGGCAUGCUUGACAGCGUUUGACACUAGACUCACCUCUUUCAGGGGUUAUGAAUCACCUAUGCUAAGUAAGGAUUAUGAAGGCUACCUGGCCUUAGCAAUGCCAGAUUUUCAACCCGAGGCUACCAUAGGAAAGCUAGACAGAAGAACAUCUGUUACUGCAGUACAUAAGAAAAUAAGAGAUCUAGAUUAUGGAGAUGAAAAGGAAGAGCCUAACCUAGACUUCAUUGCUCAGGAUGAACAAGAAAGUUCUUCCUUUACUAUAUUAUAUGAAGAGCCUCUUCAAGAUGAGGACAAGUAUGCUACUGCAGAAGUAAGAAGAACACAGUCCCUCCUGAUUCCUGACACAUCUACCAACAGCAUGCCUGUUUCCGCGUGUGAAAGGUCUGAAAGUAGAACUGACCUCGUCCAUCAUUUUGAAAAGGAAACUAAAUUAGGUGAGACAUUCGAUGAUGAUAGUUCAGAAAUGUUCUUAUCAGUAGAGGCCAAAAGGUACAAGAUUUAUCCCUUAGCUUUGUCUCCCAUUUAUGAGGAUGACAGCUCUCAGGAGGACAUUCUAUCCAGCGAAAUCUCACCUGGCCAUCAUGGCUCCACGAAAUCAAGAGAGAGUGCAAACCAGUCCUCUUCUGUUUUAUCGCUUCUCCAGUCAGUAUCGGAGCGUUUAAAGAUGAAUUUGGAUGAAGAUGACAGAUGGAGGGGAGGGGAAGAGGAGAAAGAGGAGGAAGAGCCAUUGCACAAAGGAAGUCUGAGAGCUAGAAGGCGGGAAAAUGUUACCUUCAAGCUGCCAGAUUCUUCUAUCGCGUUUUGCCCUGAUGAUGUCCAGGAAAGUACUGGCGUUUCUAAGAGUUCUUAUGUGAUGUCAAAUGAGCCUACUACCUCUAAUCUGCAAAUUGGUCUGUGGCCAGAAAAGGCCUCCUUUCUACAAAAAUCUGACCUUACUUCCAAACUACAUUCUUCUUUAAAGAGUGCUUAUCAUCAGUAUUUGCAGACUUCCAAAAUCCGUUCCUCAGAAAAAGGAGCCAGAUUUGGUGGAAUUUUUCAGGAACCGGUGUCAAAAUAUUUCUGUGCUCGAGACACCUCAGGCCGAUUAAGCUCGUUCACAGAGAACGUUGACAAACAAACUCUGAAGCGUAACCCAAGACCUGGGAAGCUGGUUAUCUAUGAUCUCCAUGGAAGUAAAUAUAAACAAGAGAUCUACUGUAAUAUUCCCGAUGCUACAUCUUGGUCCUUUCCGAAUGGGGUACUGAUAAAAGUUGUAAGGGGCUGCUGGAUUUUAUAUGAGAAACCACAUUUCCAAGGUCAGAAAUGUAUACUAGAAGAAGGGGAAAAGGUGUUAAAUCAUGACUGGAUCCUUCAGAACAGAAAGCAUCCACAAAGAAACUUUGUAUUGGGGUCUAUCAAACGUGUCUUAAAGGAUUGCAGCAUUCCAGAGAUAGAACUUUGCCCACAGUCUGACCCAGCAUGUUGUCCUAUCUACCUACAGCAAGCAGUCCCCAAUUUGGAAGAGCUGAAUAUCCCCAAAUCUGUGUCUUUUACUGUGAAGUCAGGAGUUUGGCUUGCCUACCCGGAUAUUAAUUUCAAGGGGCAAGCCACAGUUUUGGAGGAAGACCAUGGACUCUCUGAGAUUUCUGCAGCAGAAAUGAAAUCAUUGCAUCCACUUCAAAUGGGUGGACUGAAAGUGGAAAUGCCUAUGAACUUAAAGGUUAUUAUUUAUGAAAAACCUCACUUCCAUGGACAGGCCAAAGAGUUUAGUGAACAUGUAGACUCUGUCCCUAAUUUUUUAAAAAAUGAUGUAGACUUUCAUGGAAUUGGAUCAAUUCGUGUCAUCGGUGGAGUGUGGGUUGCCUAUGAAAAAGAACAUUUUAAAGGCCAGCAAUUCUUGCUUGAAGAAGGAGAUUUUGAAGACAGUAGUGCCUGUGGGGCGUUAAGUGGUUCCAUCUUGUCUUUCCGGUACUUACAAGCUAAUUUCAUAGAAUCUUCUAUCACACUGUUUGAAUCUGAUCUAGAAAGUGGGAAGUUUAUUGACAUUACAAAUCAGGAAAUUUCUGACUUAGAAGAAAUGGGUUUUGGCAGUGAAACAAGAUCCAUUCACGUUAAAAGUGGCGUAUGGGUUGCCUACCAGCAGAAGUUCUUCUGUGGAGAACAAUACAUUUUAGAGAAAGGGAAAUACAAAUGCUUUUUUGACUGGGGAGGAUCCAAUAAUAUAAUCAUGUCAAUACGACCUAUCCAACUGGAACCACUUGGGAUAAAUGAGCCUCCACAUUUGCUCAAAGCAUUCAGUAAACCAGGGUUCCAAGGUGAAUGUAUAGAUUUUACCAAAGAAAUUUCGGAUUUGACUUCACCAUUCACGCCAUGUUCUUUUAAAGUUCUUCGGGGUUGCUGGCUCCUGUAUUACCAAGAGGACAUUUCUAAUCAUCAGUGUGUGUUAGAAGAAGGGCUGUAUGCUGACCUUACUUCCUGUGGCUGCCCAACAUCUAGAGUCAAAUCCCUCAAGCCCAUUGACUAUGUUUUUGAAGAACCCUCCAUUAGCCUUUUUGCUCUGGAACAUUGUGAGGGGAGAGAGUUACAUCUAGAAGAGGCUGUGAACUCUGUUCUGAACAAGGACCUGCACUUCUACACCCAGUCUGUGUGGGUAAAAAGUGGACUGUGGAUAGCUUAUGAAGGAUCCAAUUUCUUAGGAAGACAAAUCCUACUCAAGCCUAAUGAGAUCCCGAAUUGGACAGCAUUCAGUGGAUGGAAAACAAUUGGUUCCCUCCGUCCUAUGAAGCAGCCUGCGGUGUACAUUAGAAUAAAGAACCGAGCCCAGGAUGAGUAUCUGACAGUCACCGGAAAUGUAGCUGACACAAGGGCAACAUCUGUGUGCAUUUCUCCCUACAGUGGGAAGAAUACUCAGAUCUGGCACUACUGUCGAGGACUCUUUAAAUCCAAGGCCAGUGACACAUGUCUCGAUGUGAUUGGUGGUCGAGACAUACCUGGAGCUAAAGUUGCCCUAUGGACUGAACAUGGGCAGUUCAGGCAGAAGUGGAGACUGAACAAAAAUGGGACCAUCAGCUCCUACCUCAGUGACCAACUUGUCCUUGAUGUUAAAGGAGGAAAUUAUUAUGACAAAACUCAUGUAAUUGUAAAUGAGCCCCUGGAGGGAGAAGAAACACAGAAAUGGGACAUUGAAAUAUUGUGAGAGAAUCUGCAGCAUCCCUGAGAGACAGCAAAGGGAGAAGGACCCUCAUGCCCCGUGAAAAGGAAGCUACCUGUCCUCAUGCUUCUGGGAUCACUGAGCAGAAUGAACUUCUUCCCCAACCUUGAAGACUAUUGUUGUUAACCAUGGAGAAGCUCAAAAUAUUCUUGCCAGUCAUCCAGUGUUCCUAUGAAGAAUGCGUUAACGAUUUCUGGGAAAGGUUCUACUCCUGCUUGAUCUCCAGCUUCGGUGAGCAAGCUUCUUGAAGUCUCUUCUCUCUCCUUCCCACCAAACACGAAUCCUAUCCCUGAUAGCCAUUAUAGGACGCUGUCAUCCUGUGUUAAUUAAUCUCCUAGUAGAUGUGUGUGAAUGCAAGGCACAGAGAAGCAGAGUCCUAUAGGUCAAGUCAUACUUUUAAAAGGAUGAAUAAUAUUUUUAGCAAUAUCUGAAAACAUAUUUAAUAAACCUUACUAUUAAGCUGCUGUAUUAGAUAAACAUUAAAGGUUCCCUAUUGAAGCUUUUAUAACUGAAGCAUCGUAAGUAUUCACACUUGUAACUGACCCCAGGGAGGGGACCUCAGCUUUGUAAGGAAAAGGCUCAAGUACAGGAGUGUUUUCUGUGGCUGUUCUUUGCUCGGUCCUUCAAACUAAAAAAGCACAAGUAGCCUGCGGCUGUCCUUGCACUCUAAGUAUUAACAGAGACACCCUUCUGGGUGACAAGACUGUAAGUAACCAGGGCUUACCUAUCCUGGUUCUGAGACCUCACCUGAUCUACCUUCAAGAAGUGUUUAUAAAGACUCUGUCACCUACGUGUAAGAAUAGUCAAAUUUUUCUUCGCCUGAAGUAAGGGGAAAUUUCAGAUGUUCAAAUUAAGACCAAGUAGUAUUUGAUCCUUGACUAUACCACUUUACUUUACAAAAUGUGACGAAGACUCAGUUUUUCACUCCCAUUUUAAAUAACUUUCAUUCAAGCAAAAUCAGGCAGGUUAAUGUCUUUGACUUAGUUUCAGGUAAUCAUUACCACCAUCACGAUACAAUUCUCAAGCAUUUUUCCCUCCUGAGCUGGUCUUAAACUUGCAUUGAGACAACUGUUCUCUUCAGCCCCAACUUUUGCCGGAAAGCAGAGAAAGGUCUGCUCUACUUUCAUAUACAGAGAGACUAAAGUCUCCAAUGCUAUUUUUAAAAAUACCAACCUGUAUGCACGUUAGAAUGUUAACAGUGAACUGUUUAAACUCAGAGACCCACUAUUUUGAGUAUUUUUUAUAGAGACUUGGUCUUUCCAUGUAAAUAUUAUUGUGUUUUCUUUUCCUUCCCUUCAAGCUCAGGCUCUUGUGUCAUCUUUCAAGCAACAU